AUGUCAUUGGUAUCAUGGAACUGGUUCAACUAUAUAUCACAUUACGUUGAUGAACACCUCAUAAUGACCAUCGUGUGGACACCUAGUGACGUGAUUGGACAGACAGGCGACACACGAUCCACCCGGAUCAACGCUGCGUACAAGGAGCAUCUCUCCAAUCGCUUCUGUCUCUGGAAGAAUGUCACUAGGCUGCAUCUCACCACGUACAACUUGUCGCAGGCUGACAUCAUGCUCAAACUAUACCUCCCUGACAACAUUGGCAACACUCUACGCAAGCUGACAUUUGGCUUCACAAUGGAUUGCAAGUGUCUCGAGAAGAUCAUUAGGUUCAUUGAGCCGCAGGAGACGCUGGAACUCGAUCUGUGUCUGGUGACGCACACGAAUGACGGCUACACCAAAGAGGAAGCCGGAUUCGAGCUCAAGAAGGCCGCGACGGUCAAGCGCAUGAACAUCAGCUACUUGAUGUCCUCGGACUUUUUAGACUACAUGGUUGGAAAUGUUGGCGACUCGCUCCAAGUGUUGGAGAUACACAACGUUAACUUUGACUUCUAUCUCAAGAAGAUGUUCGAGCCCGGUUCACCACUCACACAAUGCCUCAAGAAGCUCGUGCUUAUGGACAACUCCAACCAAGUAAUGGGCCACGUGGCGAGAUCCAGCGCGAUACUUGAGCCCCUGUUCAACAUCGUCUCACUGCAAUCACUGACGAUGCGCAUCAAGGACGUGUCCAAGGAGCUCCUGAUCAACUUGGCCAACAAGUCACAGCUAGAAAGCCUCAACAUCGCAACAGUCUACCACAACACAUUGCCUGAGCUCAAGUGCAAGCGACUCAAGAUCGUCUACGACUUCUCAACAUGUGAUCGCGCGUUAUUCAUCGCGUCAGAGGUCGAGAAGCUGAUCCUAGAUGUGGACGUGCCCAUCGAGAAUCUUAGGAUUCCCACCGCGAGUGCCAUGAGGUCGCUUGACAUCCGCUCAACAUUGGACUCGCCCUCCAAGCUCGAGUGUCUGCAGAACGUCAUCUCUGAAUGCCAUCACCUCACUCAACUGUUUGUCGAUCGUGUUACCAUUGAGGACUCGCGUUUAUCAAAGACACGCGUCGACCUCCUCACCAAACUGUUUGACGUGAUUUCAAAGCGCUUGACGUUGCAGUUGGUCGUCAUCAGAUUCACACAUCCAAAGACCGACCGAAACAUUGCAGACUUGACAACAGCAUUGAAGAAAGGUCUAUAUCAUCAGCAUCUGGUAAUGGAUAUACACUUUACAGGAUUGAGUAGAGAGGCAAUGCUAGUCAAUGGUCGUGGUGGAUCCGGAGGUAAAUCAUCAUCCACAUGGCCAUCAACACCAAUAUCACCAUCAUCAACGCCAUUGUCACCAACAUUAUCAUCAUCAGCCUAUUCUCAACUAUCAUAUUAUCAAUCGAUCAAUCGACAUACUAUGCACAUUCGUGAAGGCCAUGGAGGCAAGGCAGUUUGCUAUCUCAUUCCAAACGAGCUAUUCAAGAAUCUAAUAUCACCAUCAAAUUAA